AGUAAGAAGGCCGCGGAACCCACUUAUCACUUCUUAAACCAAUCUAAUCUCUCUCACUCACUAGCACCGCCCUUCCGUUCGAAUGGAAAGCGAGGACGCCGCUCUCGCCGUCCUCCUCAGCAUCUUCGACUCGCCCACCCACUCAGAGGCCAAACUCCUUUCCGCUCUCCGCAAAUGCAAUGGUGACGUGCAGAACACAAUCGAGGCGCUCUUGAGCGAAGACACAAAGUCUGUCGAAGAACAGCAGAAGCAGGCAAGCGGCCGCCCAGGAAGUACAGGGAAGAGCAAGAGACCUGCCAGCAUCUCCCAAUUCUUUGUCCCGUAUGGCCGCGAACCUGCAAAGAAACCGCGGGUAGCCGACGAACUAGGAGCGCCAGCGUCACCGGAUGAACUCUGCUCAGUUGAAGUCGAAUCCUCAGAUACCCCUGCUUCCUCCGCAGCCCCCGUCUCCCCACAGACACCAAAAGUGCCACUUCGCAACGCCUUCGAUCUCCUCUCGGCUAAAAAUGCAGACAACGGUCUGAAAACUGCACCCAUCACGCUGAACAAGGAUAAUGUCGCCCAACAUGUUCCUUGUGAACUUUUCCACGACGUGCUUCCCGAUGGGUUAGCAAACGCCCUGCUGGUGAAACUAAUGGAUGAGGCUACUACUUGGAGAAAUCGCCGUUUUGUCCUGUUCGAUCGAGAGGUCGAGUCACCACAUCUUACGAGCUUCUACACCACACCACCACUCUCCACCGCAACAGACUCCGCCCCGUACGGUAUCCCCGACACCGACUUCUACUACGGGGGCAAGAAGACAACCGACGUUCGGCAUAUAUUCCCCGAGAUGGCCGAGGCUCGCAAGAUCAUCGCUCAACGCGUCAAUGAGAGAAUGCUGGCAAGAGACAGAGGGGAAGCUCCGGGCGGUCCACGGCAGAAGAUGGAGGUUCAAGGGGAGUGGGAUUCCAAUAUCGUCGUGGCGAAUUGUUAUAAGGGGAUCGCGGAUGGUGUUGGAGCUCAUACGGAUCGGCUGACAUACAUCGGCCCCCGCCCAACCAUUGGUUCCCUAACCCUCGGCGCCACCCGUCCCUUCCGCCUCCGCCGUCUCGCAAUCCCCACAUCCAGUACGUCCCAACCCACCUCCACACCCCCACCCCAAACCUACAACAUCCCCCUCCCGCACAACUCCCUCCUCAUCAUGCAUCCGCCCACCCAAGAAUCUUACCGCCACUCCAUCCCCAAACUCACCAACCCUCUUCACCUCAUCCCACACCCCAUCUCCGGCUCCACCCGCAUCAACCUCACCUUCCGCGUCGCCCGCGACGAGUACAGAGCGAAGGAAGCGAUACCCGUGUGCAAAUGUGGAAAUCCGGCGGAGUUGAGGGUGGUGUUGAAGAGGGAGAGUUCGUUGGGGAGGUAUUUUUAUAUGUGUGCAGGGGGCGGGAAUGAAGGCAAAGGGGUCAAGCCGGGAGUGAAUUGUGGGCUGUUUGAGUGGCUGGAUUUGGAGAGGGUUGAAAGGAGGAGGAGGAGGAUGAGAGAGAUUGGAGGGGAGAGGAGCGGGUGGGAUGGCGUGCGCGGGGGGCCCGAGGCCCGUGGGGAGAGUGGGACCGCAAUUGAUGGGGACAUCGGGGAGGCCUUGGACAUCCACCCGGAUGAGAUGCCGCCGCUACAAGCGAAGCUGGAUCAGGUUCAAGAACAGGGUGUCGAUGAUGACGACGAGUACGAGAACGAAUGAGGUUGAUUUGGGUUAUCUGAGACGCAAUUCUUCGGAGCGAUACUGAGUGGGACCCAGUGUCUGGACCGAUUACCUUCAGUCUAAAGAUCCGGCGACGGAAGGCUCCAACAUCCUCCAGUUUUCAACCCGGGCGAAGGCACACUGGCCCCUCAGCAAACUGGAAACUCAUCGCCGAUCCAUCGCCUUGAUUGUCAGAGUGCCUGGCUUCUGUAUGCAAAACCCCCCGUCCGUCUUCCACCCUCAUGGCAGGAUCAUCCUUUGUACAAUAGGAAUUGCCACUAGUCACACAGCGGCACGUAGGCUAUAUAUGUAGGGCAGAACAAUCAUUUGGGCGGGCCAAGCGAGAUACGUCGAAACUGUGAUAGGAUUGCAACGUGCUAUUUGCAAAACGAUACGUAUACGUCCCAAGAGGUUCAGAACACCCGCAUCAGUGAAUGCAUUCACGAGUACCG